UGCUCUGUUCUCCUCCCUGAUCGUGCUGGUUUGCUCGCUUCUUUCUUCAGUCCCUCGCCAUGGUUCUAUACUCUUUUGAUUGAUUGUGCGAUCUGGGGAGGAGAAGGAGGAGGGAGGGAUGCCCCCGAGAUUCUGCGAUCAUCUUUCGUUUUCUUUCUGGCUUUGUGGGGUUAUUAUCAUGAUGCAAUGAUACUCUUUGCCCCCAUGGUGUGAUGUUCUUGCGUGCUUUGCUUCGUUUUGUCUGUUGCUGGGUUUGGUCGUGUCGUGGGUCCAUUGGCCCGACCAUGGCGUCACUCCUGCACUGAUUGGAGUGCCUGUGUUUUGUAUUGUACUACAUAUAAACAACUCACCGGGGCCGACGAACAUGAGUUCUUCCUUAAAUAAAGGGAAAAGGGGAACAAGAAAUCAACCAAGUGGAAAAAAAAGAGUUCCUCCUGUCCAAGAUUAUCAUGUUCUUCACUUUCAUGCAUAUAUGUCGUUCAUGCGCAUGCCUUGAUUUACAUCUGUUAUCCGCCUAAUUGCGUCAUCUUUCUUUCUAGCUGUUGGUUCCAAAUCCAAUGGCGUUUCAUGCUUUUCAGGUGCUUUCUCUGUGGGCUGGAUUGGAUUAGAGGAUGGUUCUCAAGAAGCUGCUUCAAUUCUUUGGAGUUGGCAAGAAAAAGAAGAAGAAUUCCAACAAAAAAGGCAAGUCCAUCGACCCUCUUUGGCAAGGUCAUAAUCUUCUGGAUUCAGGUGCUAGUGCUGCUCCACACUCCACUGUAAAUGUCCUUACAAGUAACAUUCUUUUGGAUCCCUGUUCAAGUGGGUCUGGUAAUGUGCUGUCACUGCAAAAACAUGAACCUGAAUGUUCAAGUAACAUCUCAUCGACGAUAAAGGCCGUAGAUGGAUCUAAAAAUAAGGAUCAGAAGUUAUUUAACCAAUUUGACGUUGUUCAAGAUUACUCUGACCACCACUAUGCAAAGACCUCACCAGGGAAGACAAGCAAAGAUUGGACGAAAACAAUCCAAAAUGAAUGGAAGCUUCUACAGAGAGAUCUACCUGGAUCUAUAUAUGUUAGAGUUUAUGAGGACAGGAUUGAUCUGCUAAGGGCUGCUAUUGUUGGGCCUUCUGGAACUCCAUAUCAUGACGGUCUUUUCUUCUUUGAUGUUCGUUUCCCUCCUGAGUACCCGCGAUGUCCACCGAAAGUGUACUACCAUUCAGGUGGGCUUCGGCUAAAUCCAAACCUGUAUGAGAGUGGAAAGGUGUGCCUUAGCCUACUGAACACUUGGUGGGGUUCUGGAUGUGAGAAGUGGAGCAAGUCAAAUUCCACCAUGUUGCAGGUGUUGAUCUCCAUUCAGGGCCUUGUGUUGAAUGAUAAACCAUACUUUAAUGAGCCAGGCUACAAAAACACAGUUAAUACACCUGUUGGUGAAAAGCAUUCCAUGGCAUAUAAUCAGACUGCGUUUGUACUAUCCUGCAAGACUAUGUUGUAUUCACUUCGGAACCCUCCAAAGCAUUUUGAGACCCUUGUCGUGCACCAUUUCCACGAGCGGGAGCGUGCCAUCCUGGACGCAUGCAGCGCAUACGCGUCUGGCAUUAUCGUCGGAUCAUCGGUCAGGGAUGGCGCGAAGUACGCCUGUGAUAAGUGCUUUGCCGGUUUCAAGAAGUCCCUGGAUGCACACACCGAACUUCUCGCAAAGGAGUUGGCUAAGAACAGAGCUCAAGCGCCGGAACUGAAGGGAGACACGCCAGCCGCAGAUGAGAUCGCGUCUACCAGCUUGGGCCAGACCUGACCAUUGCUAAAUUCACCUACUUAGGGAGUAGCUUGGAAGAAAAAGGGUGUGUAAAUCACAAUCCACACGGAAGGUAUGGAAUAACUCUAGGGGUGAUGGUAUGACCGUAGAUGAAUUGGUUGUAGCUUAGCACUUGCCGUUUCUGGAAGAUGAAAUUUCGCCACGUUAUAUGUCUACCCCACUUUGUGGUUUUAUACAUGCUUGGUGCGUGCUGCACUUAGCUUCAGUUGCC